UGGGUAGUAUUGAAAAAUGGCGGCUCCCAUUCUGAAGUGGAAGCGGGUUACCAAUACUACAGGACCAUGUCCGCGGCCAAGACAUGGUCACAGAGCAGUUGCUAUCAAAGAUUUGAUGGUCGUUUUUGGUGGUGGGAACGAAGGAAUCGUUGAUGAACUUCAUGUUUACAACACAGCCACCAACCAGUGGUUUGUGCCAGCAGUUCGUGGGGACAUUCCCCCAGGGUGUGCAGCCUAUGGCUUCAUCUGCGAUGGAACUCGCAUCUUGGUGUUCGGUGGGAUGGUGGAGUAUGGCAAAUAUUCCAACGAGUUGUAUGAACUACAGGCAAGCCGAUGGGAAUGGAAGAGACUAAAACCUAAAUCCUGUAAAAAUGGACCACCCCCUUGCCCUAGACUGGGUCACAGUUUUACUUUGCUUGGAAACAAAGCAUACUUGUUUGGAGGCCUGGCUAAUGACAGCGAAGAUCCAAAAAAUAACAUACCAAGAUAUCUAAAUGACCUAUAUGUACUGGAGCUGAAGCCUCAUUCAAACACACUGGCCUGGGAGUUCCCUCCGACCAUCGGACAACCCCCUCCCCCUCGGGAGUCGCACACAUGUGUGGGCUAUGCAGAAAAGGAUGGAAGAAGGCCCCGCCUCAUAAUCUACGGAGGAAUGAGUGGCUGUCGUCUUGGCGACCUGUGGCAACUAGAUAUAGACACAUACACAUGGAUCAAGCCAGUUGUCCAGGGUAUUCCCCCAUUACCCAGAAGUCUCCACUCGGCUAAUGUCAUCGGCCACCGGAUGUAUGUGUUUGGAGGCUGGGUGCCCCUGGUCAUGGAUGAUGUUAAAGUUGCCACUCACGAGAAAGAGUGGAAAUGCACAAACUCACUGGCUUCACUGAACAUAGAAACAAUGACGUGGGAGCCCCUGGCCAUGGAAGUGUUUGAGGACUCCCUCCCCCGAGCUCGGGCCGGUCACUGUUGCGUGUCCAUUCACACUCGGUUGUACAUCUGGAGUGGGAGGGAUGGAUACAGGAAGGCGUGGAACAACCAGGUGUGCUUCAAGGAUUUGUGGUUUCUGGAAACUGAGAAGCCCCCUGCACCCUCCCGUGUACAGUUGGUACGGGCCAGCACUAACACUCUAGAGGUCUGCUGGGGGGCAGUGCCCACAGCGGACGCAUACCUCCUACAGCUUCAGAAGUACGACCUGCCCCCCUCCCAGGCCCUCACUCCCACGGCGGUCCCCCAGGGGAACCCCUUGAUGAAGGCGGUGUCCACUCCCAGCACCCCACAGCCGACGGUGGUCAGAACGCCCACUGCAGGAGUUACCCAGAUUCGAACUAAUUCUGGGGCCCUAGGCUCCGCUACCAUGACUUCGCCACAAACAAUUCGAGUGACUGCAGUGACAGCCAGACAGAAGACCCCCAUCACGGUCAACCCCGGGACGAUCCGAGUCGCCUCCCCACAGGUUGUCACCCUGCCCCAGCAGCGACCCAUGAGUGGAAAUCAAAUGUCAGGAAUCCAGGCCCUGGCCGCCGCAGCUGCUGCCACACAGAAAAUCACAGGCACCACCACCACCCCAUCCACCUCCGCCAUCAAGGUGGUGACCCCUACCAUAGUGACCCCUACAGGGGUCAAGGUCACACCCAUCGGUAACCAAGUAGUCAAAAGGCAGGCGAUCCGCCUGAAUUGGGACCGAAUAACGGACCCAUUGACCAAAAGUACCACUGCUAACCCCUCGACUACCACAGUGCGAGUGGCGACCCCUGGGGCCACCAUUCUAAAGCCCACCCCUGGGGCCAUUCAGCAGACCAUCGGCGGCAAGCAGAUCAUCACAGUCCACAAGGCCAGUACUGGGGGCUCCUCCUCCACCGGUCAGCCACAGAUUGUGACGCUGGUCAAAACCAACCAGGGCAUGCAGGUGGCCACUACAAAAGGUCCUCUGCCACAAGGAGCAACCAUUGUGAAGCUUGUCACCACUCAGUCCGGUGGUACCGGCAAGCCCACCGCCAUCAUCACCACGAGUCAGCCGGGACAGACCCCCUCCACCAUCCUAGGAAUCAGCAGUGUACAACCACAGUCUUCUACAACAAAAACCAUCAUCAAAACUAUUCCAUCGUCCAUGUUAUCAAUGGCCAAGGCUGGAACCAGCACUGCUACCACCCCAGGGGGCGCCAAAACCAUCGUCAUAGCAGCACCCAAAGGCAGCACCGGCGGACUGACGGGCACCCCCCACAAAAUCAUCACCUCAGUCCCCAAAAUAGCAGGGCAAGGGAACACCCAGUUCAUUGUGGUCAGUCCCCAGAGCAGCGUGGGAGGGGCACACACCAUCACAUCAGGUGGGAAGCCCAUACAGGUGACUACUCUACAGACAACCUCCGGGGUGUCACUAGCGGGCCACCAGAUUGUCACCGCCUCACAUGUCGGCAAACCAGUAGUGCAGCAAGGAGGAACGAUUGUGAAGACGAUUCAGGCCACACCCACUAGUCUGGCUGGAUCAGCAACCUCCCUCCUGAUUAACACCACAGCGGGGUCAUCAGUGACCCAGUCCGCCCCCACGAUCUCCCUCAUCACCCAGCCCUCCAUCUCACAGACACCUGUCACUCUAACCACUCAAACGGUCUCAGCCACACCCAUCCAGGCCACGGCUAGUGGAAAACCAGUCCAGAUCACAAUCACUCCAGCCGCGGCUGCUACUGUGCAAUCCCAGCCUGUCGUGCAAGUCACUCCUGCGGUGACACAACCGUGCACGGACGGGCAUAAUUGCCCUGGGGAUGAGACUCCACAACCAGCAGUUUGCACAGACGGGCACAACUGCCCAGGGGAUGAGGUCCCUCUGGCCAGUAAUGUUUGUACAGAUGGGCACAAUUGCCCGGGAGAUGAAAAUCCUCAGCCUGCUGUCUGCACAGAUGGGCAUAACUGCCCAGGGGAUGAAAAUCCAGCACAAUCAAAUGUUUGCACCGAUGGGCACAAUUGCCCAGGAGAUGAAAACCCACAGCCAUCAAAUGUGUGUACAGAUGGGCAUAACUGCCCGGGGGAUGAAGUUGAUGGAGUUCCUCCCACAGCUAAAGGGCAGUGCACAGAUGGACACAACUGUCCAGGAGAUGAGAAUGCUCAGUCCCAAAAUGUCUGCACUGACGGGCACAACUGCCCAGGUGAUGAAAAUCCACAGCCUUCUGGUGUCUGCACAGAUGGGCAUAACUGUCCUGGCGAUGAAAACCCAAAGCCUUCAGUUUGCACUGAUGGGCAUAAUUGCCCGGGAGAUGAAAAUCCACAACAAUCCAAUGUCUGCACAGAUGGACACAAUUGCCCUGGAGAUGAAAACCCUCAGCCAUCAAAUGUUUGUACUGAUGGUCACAAUUGUCCUGGAGAUGAGAACCAGACCUCUUCUGAAGCUAAUGCUGCUGCUUCUUCUACAACCACAGUAGCACCCUCUGUUCCACUGGACACAAAUGCUGCAGUGUCCGUAUCGGAACAAGUUCCUGCAAUCCUUAUGCAGGAAGCCGAGCCAAAACAGGAACCAGAGGAGAUGGAGGCGGCCCCGACGGAAGCAGCUCCAGCUCCACAGGAAGCACCGGUGGCGACACCACAGGAGGCAGGAGUUACGCCAGAGUUGUCUGCUCCUGACUCCUCCUCUACAGCAGCACCUGGGGAAGUGGCACCCAUUGUACCUAAGCAAGAGGAACCCAUGGACAUUGGCCCCACCCCAGUGGCUACCCUCCAGGGAGGGGUGUUAAGUGUGGGACCCCCAGUGGUAGCCACCCCUCCCCAGUCUGUUGACACAUCUGUAGCAGACUCUGAUCCCCUAGCCACCCUGGCUUCAGCAGCUAUUUCCUCGGGUUCUGCUCAAGCCACCAUUAAACAGGAGCCCGGUCUUGUGGCAGCCAACGGAAUCAAACAGGAGGUCCAGGACAAGGCAGACACUGUGCCAAAGACUCCGACCACACCCAUCAAAAAGGAGGGCAAUCAGUGGUAUGAUGUGGGGAUCAUUAAGGGCACCUCCUGUGUGGUGUCACACUUCUAUCUCUCCACAGAUGCUCUCCAGGCCGGCGGCAAUGGAAAUGACAUUGAUGUGGUCAACGUUGGGGAUGUGAAUGUUUUAAAGAAACAGGAGUUGCUCCCGGGCACAGCCUACAAGUUCCGAGUAGCUGGCAUCAAUGCCUGUGGGCGAGGUGCCUUCAGCGAGAUCUCGGCCUUCAAAACCUGUCUCCCCGGUUACCCCGGCGCCCCCUCCGCCAUCAAGAUCAGCAAGGUAGGAGGAAAGAGUACGGAAGGUGCCCAUCUUUCUUGGGAACCUCCUCAGAACACGGCGGGAAAGAUCACCGAAUACUCCGUUUAUUUGGCGGUCCGUAAUGCGGCUGCCCACGUGGACCAGAAGCCUGGGGCUCCAGCCCAGCUGGCAUUUGUGAGGGUAUACUGUGGCCCCGCCCCCACGUGUACGGUGACAGCUGCCAGUCUGGCCUCUGCCCACAUUGACUACACCACCAAACCAGCCAUUAUCUUUAGGAUUGCUGCCCGCAAUGAGAAGGGAUACGGUCCCGCCACACAAGUCAGGUGGCUUCAAGAUGCCCAGAGUCCAGCUGCUCAGAAGGUGGCAGUGAAGAGAACUGUAGGAGGAGAUGGACCUCAAGUAGUUGGAGCUGUCCAGGCAAAGAAACUAAAAACCGAUGAUGAAAAUGAAAAACCAUAAACAACAGAAAAGGAACGCAACUUGUUGGUGAUAGUGCAGUUAUGUACAGGACUAGAAAAACUGAAUGUUCUUGAUCAUCAUCUCUGAACCUAAUGAGGAUAUUCUCAUUUUUUACAGCAAUGUUAUCAUCAUGUUAAAGUUCUUGAGUGAAAUUUUAUUUCUGUUGUUACCAAUCUUGAUUAGCAGCUGAAUUCAUUGUACAUAGGGCAUUUCUGUCAUCAAUUUUCAUCAUCAUUAUCAUCAUUUUCAUCAUUGUGUAUUAGCUGAUAUAAUCGCACUCAAUAUUGACGAAUAUCAUUCCUGUUGUAAAAUGUGACCGCUUAUAUCAUGAAGGCUUUUUUCUUUUUUUAAGCCUAGGAUAUUAUCUAAAAACUCAAUUCAUGUUUCAAUUUGUUUUUUGAAAUUGAUUUCUGUCUAUGGUCUUUUUUUCACUUUGAACUAAAACUGUGGCUUUUAAACUAGGUAAAAAAUAGGUUUACAUAUGUUGAAAUUUUUACAAGUACAUGUAAAUGUACACUGUAUAAAUUAUUAAGAAUUGCAGAGGAGUUAAUGUUUUGGUGAGGAUCUAAUGCUUGUAUUCCUACCAGAGAGACGGUUGUUGUUAAAGUGCAAUUCUUUGUUUAUUUUUUUUUUGUUAUGAGAAAAAAAAGUGUUGAUGGCUUUUAAUUCUAGUAAUCAAUUGAAUUGUUUUAGAAGUACAUGUGUUAAGUGUAGAGGAAGGAGAGAAUCUGUGGAUUACAGUUGGUUGACUUACUCAUGAGUUAUGUUUACAUACAUUUACAACAUUAUUGUUUUAAAAUUUAAAAUAGAUUUUCCUAAUCUCUGCAACUUAAAAACAAUUUUUUCUAUAUAAACAAAGAAAAAAGUUCUUCAGAACUAAUAGAACUCUGUGAAAUACUCUCCCAUGUUUUUUAUGAGAACUGUAAUACUGUUCACUGAUUGGUGGACUGUAUCGGAAUCACGACCAUAUUUUUCUCCCAGUGCAGUCAGUGUGCUACCAAGUCAGAAUGUCAUAGAUCUGUCAAACUAUUUUGUACAUAAACUGUAUAUUUUACAAUUAAUUAAAGUCAAAAUUAAAAAUAUG